GAAUAACCAAUCAGUUCUUGAUUUUUCCGGACAACUAACCAACUAGACGUCUUCUCAACUAACCAUGCUUAACAUUGUUCUUAUCAUUGGUCUUCUGGCAAUUUUCAACACAUCUUCUGCAUCAAAUGAUGUUUGCCACGUCACCAGAAAGCCACUGAUGCUUCCGGCUCCAGGUGAUGUCUACAAGAAGGCAGUGCAGUUCUACUCAAACAUCACGGCUCCAAGAUCAACAUCUGUGCUUGCUCCAGUGAUGUCGUCCCUUGAAGUCUACAUUAACACCACCACGACAUCUGCUUUUGCUCCAGCUCAGAGCAUCAAAGUGGCUGAUAUUCUUGAAGAAGAUGCAGAUGCAAUCCGUGUGAAGUCAAUUAGAAUGGCUGGAUUCAUUGCCCAAUGCAUCAUCUUUUUAUUUGUCUACACCAUCGUCACGAUGGAUGUUGAGAUUUGGAAAAUUAAUAUGGACUGGUUGAAAAUUCAAUAUUUUCAGCAUUUCGAAGACUCCGCUGCUGAAGUUCCGGUCUUCAAGCUCUACAUGGCCCGUGAGAUUCAGACUUGCCCACUGCCAGCACGCCAAAAUGUGAUGAUCGUGAGACAAUUUAUGGAAAUGGAAUCGAACUGCUGAAAACUAACAAAAUAGUAAUAAAGAUACUAAUAUUCUCCUG